AUGACUUCAAAUUUCUCAUCUUCAACCACCACUCCCGGUGAUUACGAGUCUUUCAUCAAAGCCAAAGAACAAAAAGAACAUGUAUUAAAAUCAGGAUAUAGUUCAUCCAAGAGAGCUAUGGAAUACUUUUUCGUCUUUCUCUACUUUCUGGUCAUUCUUCCAUGGAAUUUGUAUCAAAGUUUUUCACCUCUAUGGACAACCACAACAACUUCAAAUGGUGAUGGUAUUAACAAGAGUAUCCUCAUCACCACCUCUUCCUCCUCCUCCUCUUCACUGAGUGGCAAUACGACAAAUACGACAAGUACUCUCAUUGAUAUUGUGGGUGGAAUUGCUCUUGGAAUGAUCACAACUGAUUUUGUGAGUGGAAUUCUUCAUUGGAUUGCUGAUACUUGGGGAUCUUUGGAAACUCCUCUCAUUGGUCAAACCUUUAUUCGAUCCUUUAGAGAACAUCAUGUAGCUCCAUCAGCCAUGUGUAAACAUGAUUUUAUUGAAACCAAUGGAGACAAUUGUUUAGUUGCAACUCUCUUGGGUAUCAUUCCUAUUGUUUUCUUUAGACAUUCCAUGUUCAUGUCCUUUUAUUUCACUGCAUUUGCUUUAUUUGGUGCAUUUACAAAUCAAAUUCACAAAUGGUCUCAUCAAUACAAGGUUCCACUCAUUGUAAAGUUUUUACAAUCGAGUGGAAUUAUUUUGAGUCGAAAGAGUCAUAAUUUCCAUCAUCAAUCUCCUUUUGAUACUUAUUAUUGUAUUACGACUGGAUGGUUGAAUUAUCCAUUGCAUGCCAUGAAUUUUUGGAGAUUGAGUGAACGAUUAGUGACUGCACUCACAGGUUACAUUCCACGUUCGGAUGAUAUGAAAUGGACCAGUCAUUUAAAGUUUUUGGAAGAGACAAGAAAGAAGAUGAGUGAUGAGGAUGACAAUGAGGAUGACAAUGAGGAUGGUGCUAAAAAGAAGAAUUAA